UCUUCCGGUGUGAUGUUUGUGCCACACGCUCUGUUAGUUUUCAUCCUGGUCCCACUGUUGUCCGCCUCUGCUGCUUACAAUGUCACCUAUGACACCCGCUCCCUCAUCAUCGACGGCCACCGCAAGCUUCUCAUCUCCGCCGCCAUUCACUACCCUCGCAGCGUCCCCGCCAUGUGGCCGGGGCUAGUGCAAUUAGCAAAGGAAGGAGGCGUUGAUGCCAUUGAAACAUAUGUCUUCUGGAAUGGUCAUGAGCUCUCCCCCGACAUUUACUACUUUGGAGGAAGGUAUGAUCUUGUCAAAUUCUGCAAGAUUGUUCAGCAGGCUGGCAUGUAUCUUAUUCUUCGAAUCGGCCCUUUUGUCGCUGCCGAAUGGAACUUUGGUGGAGUACCUGUUUGGUUGCACUAUGUGCCGGGAACUGUCUUUCGAACUGACAAUGAACCUUUCAAGUAUCAUAUGAAGAAGUUCACUACAUUAAUUGUGAACAUGAUGAAGAAAGAGAGGCUUUUUGCUUCACAGGGAGGUCCUAUCAUCUUGGCUCAGGUGGAAAAUGAAUAUGGAUUCUAUGAAUCUGCUUAUGGUGAAGGAGGAAAAAGGUAUGCUCAGUGGGCGGCUAACAUGGCUGUUUCUCAAAACACAGGUGUACCUUGGAUUAUGUGCCAGCAGUUUGAUCCACCUCCUACUGUGAUUGACACAUGUAAUUCCUUUUACUGCGACCACUUCAAACCAAUCUCUCCAAAUAAGCCUAAAUUUUGGACUGAAAACUGGCCUGGAUGGUUUAAGACGUUUGGAGCAAGUGAUCCUCACAGGCCUCCUGAAGAUGUUGCCUUUUCAGUCGCACGUUUUUUCCAGAAAGGUGGAAGCCUACAAAACUAUUACAUGUAUCAUGGUGGAACAAAUUUCGGGCGCACUUCAGGUGGACCAUUCAUUACCACGAGUUAUGACUAUGAUGCACCAAUUGAUGAAUAUGGAUUGGCUAGAUGUCCAAAGUGGGGGCAUCUUAAAGAUCUUCAUAGAUCUAUAAAGUUAUGCGAGCGUGCAUUACUUAACGGACAACCCACCUUUCUCUCAUUGGGUCCCUCACAAGAGGCUGAUGUCUAUGAAGAAUCAUCAGGAGCUUGUGUUGCCUUUAUUUCUAACAUGGAUGAUAUAAAUGGCAAAACGGUAGUUUUUCGAAAUACAUCAUUGUACCUGCCAGCAUGGUCUGUUAGCAUUCUACCGGACUGUAAAAAUGUAGUUUUCAACACAGCAAAGGUUGGUGCUCAGACAUCUACGGUUGAGAUGAUACCAACAGAGUUGCUGGCAUCAACUGCAUCAGCAAAUAAAGGCUUGAAAGGUGUUCAAUGGCAGGUGUUUAAGGAGAGAGCUGGAAUUUGGGAUACUGCAGAUUUUACUAAAAAUGGCUUGGUCGAUCACAUUAACACUACAAAAGAUACUACAGACUACCUCUGGUAUACAACAAGCUUACUUGUUCAUGGAACUGAAGAGUUCUUGACAAGCGGCAAAAGUCCAAUGCUUAUAGUUGAAUCGAAAGGCCAUGCUAUGCAUGUUUUCAUCAAUCAGAAGCUUCAAGUUAGUGCGUCUGGUAAUGGCACGGUGCCAUCAUUCAAAUUUACAACUCCCAUAUCUCUCAAGGCUGGAAAGAAUGAAAUUGCUCUGUUGAGCAUGACUGUCGGCCUGCAGAAUGCAGGGGCAUUUUAUGAGUGGGUUGGAGCAGGUCCUACCAGUGUUAGAAUUGUGGGGAUGAGGAAUGGCACAAUGGACCUAUCCACUAAUACGUGGAGAUACAAGAUUGGAUUGCAAGGGGAACAUUUAAGGAUAUAUGAUAGAGAUGAUUUAAAUUCUGCAAACUGGGUUUCAACUUCUUCUGCACCACCUAAACAACAGCCCCUCACAUGGUACAAGGCUUUGGUGGAUCCUCCACCUGGGAAAGAGCCUGUUGGACUUGACAUGAUUCACAUGGGGAAAGGGCUUGCUUGGUUAAAUGGAAACGAAAUUGGAAGAUACUGGCCUAUCAAAGCCUCCAUUAACGAAAAGUGUGUUCAGAAAUGCGACUACAGAGGCAAAUUUAUGCCUAACAAAUGUAAUACAGGCUGCGGCGAACCAACACAAAGAUGGUACCACGUACCACGAUCUUGGUUCAAGCCAUCAGGAAAUACAUUGGUGAUCUUUGAAGAAAAAGGCGGUGACCCCACUCAAAUUCGCUUCUCAAAACGGAAAGUAUCAAGUGUUUGCGCACACAUCUCUCAAGACCACCCUUUAUCUGAAGAUAUGAUUGAAUCUUUGCAAAAAGGCGAAACUGGAUAUCCUUACAAAAAGAAAGCAAGUGUUAGUUUGAACUUGAAAUGCCCCGUCAGCACCCAAAUAUCGGAUGUCAAAUUUGCCAGUUUCGGAGAUCCUGUAGGGAAUUGCGGAGCGUAUGCUGUGGGGGAGUGCCAUGAUCCUAAUUCAGUUUCGAUGGUCCAAAAGGCUUGCCUAAACCGAAAUGAGUGCCAGGUUGAACUGAGCGGAGAGAAUUUCGACAUUGAGUUAUGUCCGAAUUUGGUGAAGAAACUUGCUGUUGAGGCAGUGUGUAGCUGAGAGUAUAAAUAUAUAUCUUAUGCAGAAAAAUAAAACAUUAUUCCCUACCUUGUUUUUGUAAUCUGCGAGACGGACCAACUACUACUGUUACUGUAUCAAUAACAGAUUAAAAUUUUGUUUUAUAUUUGAGAAUUAUAUUAUUCA